AUGUUCUCCGAUCUCGAAUGCGACUACAUCAACCCUAUCGACCUCUGCAACAAGCUCAACCAGUUCAUUCUUCCCGAGAUGGCGGCGCACGCAGUGCUCACGCUCUUCUUCCUGCUAAGCGGUCAAUGGAUAGCGUUCCUUCUCAACGCUCCGCUCGUGGCGUUCAACGUCAACAAGGUCAUGAACAAGAAUCACACCUUGGACGCCACCGAAAUCUUCCGGACGCUGAGCCAACAUAAGAAGGUCUGCUUCAUCAAGUUGGGCUUCUAUCUGGUCAGCUUCUUCUACUACCUGUACAGGAUGAUCCUCGCUCUGAUUGCCGAUACCGAGUAG